AUGCGCAUAGGCGAUUUGAAACGGGCAAUCGAGGAUGUUAUCCUUAGACCUGAGGAUAAUCGCUUAAGCGAUAUAAGGAAGCGUUCAACGAUUGCAGCACUUGAUUUAUGUCAGGUCGCACCGAGCCAAUUGAAUGAUUCCAAUGAUGAUCACGUAAUGACGUUUUCACGUAGCCGUGAUCUGCCAAAUUUUGCUGAUAGCGCUAAAAAACACGUGAAUUCAUCCACUGAAAAUUUAUAUCCAGCCGUACCACAUUGCUCAUCACUUGACACUAAUCUUCAUCCAGGUGUCCAAUGGAAGCGUAAAUGGUGUUUACUGUUACAAAAAAGGAAUAGACUGGUGUCUUUCGUUGAUCGUUCAAAAAAACUGUUAACGAAUGUAAAUGACAGUCUAUCAAUUAUUGGUGUCAGCUGUACAACAACAGGUGGUGCAUCUGCACUGUCAUUGCCACCAACAACCAUCUUGCAAAAGCCUCGUUGUUACGGGAAUUCAGAAUACAAUUGGAUUAUUACUAAUGAAGCCGAAUUAUCAAUAACACAACCACCAUUCCAUUUCGAAAAAUGCGAAGGACGUCCCAGUUCACGACUUCUAACUACAACCAAUAGUACCUGCUCGUCUGGUCAUCGUCCGCUGGUUUGUCUUUCUAAUGAUUUACUUAUUUCUUUAUUAUUUAAUAAUGUUGGUGACAGUAUGAUGAUGAUGGUGGUGACAAAUGACGAACGUGACCAACAAACUGAUAAGGCUGAUAAUUUAUCGAAAGACAUGUUCAUAAACUAUCGUCCAGCAGUGAAUUCCCUUGUCGAUGCUUAUUCUGAUGCCGAUGAAUCAAUGGAUUGCGAUUAA